UAUUCGGUUGCCAACCCUCAUUUCGUGAAGGGGAGGUUUCUGGGUUAGCAUAACACUGAUAAAGUUUCAUACUGCCAGAGAUUCGUUAGCGAAUUUUUUUAAAAUAUUAGCGUAAUAAUUAUGGUUUACGAACUGUUUUAUAGUGCAUUGAAUAUUUAUCGUCACAUUUCUAAUUCAGGAAAUAAACGUAACAGUAUUUAGGCCGUACAAGCGGUGAACUGAAUUUACUUCACAAUGAAGAUAAACACGUUAAGGAUGUCGACUCCUAUAGAAGAAAAGGUGGACCACAAGUUGAAAGUACGAACCGGAAUGGUUACGGUUAGCGAUGGCAAAAGUCGUCCUGUGCCUGUACAGCUGCACUUGUCAAUGGAAAUAUUAAGGUUACGCAAAGAGGAAAUUGUCCCAUCUGAACCGAAACCAAUAAACGGAAAAGAAAGAAUGGUUCAAAUUAGAAGACAGAGGGUUGGCGGACUAGGACUAAGUAUAAAAGGGGGUGCCGAGCACAAACUACCUAUUCUAAUUUCGAAAAUCUAUAAGGACCGGGCUGCUCAUCAAACGGGAGAACUAUUUGUAGGAGAUGCUAUUAUAAAAGUUAAUGGAGAAUAUAUAACAGCAUGUCCACAUGACGAUGCUGUAAAUAUUCUUCGUAAUGCGGGAGAUAUAGUAGUGCUUACUGUUAAACAUUACCCUGCUGCAACUCCGUUUCUUCAGAAACAAGAAGAGAAAGAGAGAAAAGAAAAUCAGAACCCAGAUAGCAACAUGGACGAUAAGGAAAACUCAGAGGAAAGUUUAAAAAUUGCCAACACAAACAGCUCAAGCAGUAGACCAAGUUCGUUAUAUUCUGAAUGCGAAUUAGACACCAACGUUCAAACUAGAUGGGUUGAUCUGAUAACAUUACCUCUUAUGAUGGCGUAUGUAACUAGAUAUAUAUUUGGAACUGAUAAACUGAGACCAAACGCUUUCGAAGUUAGAGGCCUUAAUGGAAUAAGCACUGGAAUAAUUCAUUGUGAUGACUCUGCAGUAUUGUCUCAAUGGCUCAAAUAUAUCACAGAUAAUAUAAUUGGACUGACACACCUGCAGAUGAAGCUGUACAAUCGUAAUUUCAGUAUAACGGAUAGGAUUGAGUACAUGGGUUGGGUUAACGAAGGUGUAGUGAAUAACAAUCACCCUUGGCAAAAUUACAAACCGAAAUUUUUUGCCCUUAAGGGUGCCGACUUAAUGCUGUUCGACACUCCGCCGUUAAACGUAAUGGAUUGGAGUAAAUGUAUCGAAACCUAUAAGGUAUAUCAAACUAUGUUUAGGGUGGUAAAAGAAUCCGAAAAUGUGGACGAAAGACAGCACUGUUUCUUGGUACAAACAUCAGGGCAGGAAUCUAAAUAUUUAAAUGUGGAAACUAGACAGGAGUUAUUGAGAAUUGAAAAUGCAUGGCAUUGUUCUGUUUGCAAAGCUGUUAUGACAUUAGGGAGCAAGACAUUUACUGUUAAUUAUAAUGGUAAAACGUCCGGUUUAACUUUAGACUGGAAUACAGGGUUUUCGUUACACGAAGCUGAUGCCAAGAGCCCGGCAUGGCAGUACAAAUUUUCACAGCUUCGUGGUUCGUCUGACGAUGGAAAAUCCAAACUCAAGCUCCAUUUUCAAGACGCUGAAACGCGUGUUAUAGAAACAAAGGAACUAGACUGUACAAUAUUGCAGAGUUUAUUAUUCUGCAUGCAUGCUUUUCUUACCGCUAAGGUAGCGUCUGUAGAUCCAACUUUCCUCUCAAUGGUACCGUGAAACACCACAUUGCGAUUCACGUGUUUUUUUAGCACAGUACGAACACUAUUGCCUUUCAACAUUCUGUUAUUAGUAUUUGACCAAGUCUGAUUACGUGCUAGAACUUUACUUAGUAGGUAGGUAGUUAUAGGGAAAUAAUUACAAAACGUUAGACGUAAAAAUAUAAAUAAAAUUCAACCAAAACGGCGAAACAAUUCUGCACAACUCAGUUAGACUCCUAAUGCAACAAAACAGCUUUUUCUAUACACUUUUUUGCAAAUGGACCUUUAUUUCGAACAGUUUUCGUCGCUAACGGUAAGUAAUAAAUAAAAUGCAAUUUUUAAUUAAUUUAUUAAUUUUUUCAAGACUCCUUUCUUAAGUUUAUCUACGAACGAUAUUUUUUAUACUUUAUUCAUUACAUACCUAUAUUCUUAAAACAGUUUGCUCAUAAAUUAAACAUAUAGUGGAUAAUGGUACAAACUUCUAAAACAUGUCAUGAUUAGGGCGCCAAUGUUGUUUAUACAUUUAUAACGCCAUUAUCAGGGGCGUACUUGGGACGUUAAGCUACUAUUUGCGGAAAGCAAGGUACAAACACAUGCCAAAGUAUAUUUGGCGAAAAUGAGGUUUUUGUUGGCCUAAGUAUGGACCCCAUAUGUACAAACGACUUCUGUUCCCUAAUCAUAAUAAAUUAGACAAUUAAAAAAAGUAGAAAUUCAAUGUUUUCAUGCUUUUUUGUUUUCCUUUAGGAUGGUAGUUUUAACGAAAACAACGUUCCUUAUUAUGUAACACGCGUGUUACAUUUAUUGUUACAAGAAUUAAUAAUUAAUUUAUAUAAUAUUCGGGUUUACUGUAGCGUAGGGUUUCGUUAUUGAUAAAGGUGCCUCAUCGAGUACAGUUAUACCAUAAAUAAAAAACGUAUAGAAACAAUCUGUCGAAAGUAUUCAGAUUUCAAAAACGCAGAAAAAGGUGUUUACGUACACAUUACAGAAAAGAAGUCAAUAAAUUUUAUAUCUGUUAAUUGUACUCCAAAAUUAUUUUCUACUUUUUUGUGACAGUUAAAAUACUUUGAUAGAUUUUUAUUAGUUAUUAUAGUAGGUACGAAAAUUGUUUGUUCUUAUUUGGAAAAGUGCAGCAGUACGGUAGGACCAAUUGACAUUAAAAUGUGCGCAUUUUUGGUUUGUUUAGAUCCUAAUUUUACAAAUAAAACAUUAAUAAUUAUAUGGUAAGUAAAGUGCAAAAUGUUAAAUCAAUUUUUAGAGUUUUUGGAAAGUAAAAUUACCAAAUUAGAUAUUGUGCAUAUCUAGAGUUAUUAAAAAAAAAAACAUAAAAACAUGGUAAUGGUUGUGCAAAUGAACUUGUUAUAUUAAAUUAACAUACCUAAAAUGUUGUUAAACUUUUCUAAAAGAGAAUGUAAUGAGGUGUUGAAUAUUUAUUGUUAUAUACUGCUCUAGUGAUGUGUAAAGUGUUGCCCAUUUAUUAUAAUAACAUUGCCUUUUUUGUAGUUUCUUUAGAGUCUAUCAUCUUUGCGGUUCAUUAGGGAGUAAGAAUCUUGACGUUUAUAAGUAUAAAUAUAGAACUUUGACUUUAAAACUGCGUAGAUACAAUGAGAAACGAUUGGUUGUAUUAAAGUAGUCGAAGAACCAACCCCAGGCACUAAUUGGUAACAAGAAACAAAUACAAAAUGUUGUCAAACCUAAUCACGAGUCUAUUUCGAGUUGACAAUAUAAAUUUAUUAGCGAAA